AUGAGAGCCUGUCUGGCUCUUAAAUAUGUUCCUAGGGGACGGAGGGAAGCGAAAGUCACAUUCAUACCCAAACCAGUUAAGAUCGACUACACAGACCUUAAAUCCUACAGGCCCAUUAGCCUGACAUCCUUUCUCCUAAAGACGAUGGAGAGGAUGUGUGAAAGGGAAUUAAGGGGGUUGGCGCUAAUGAACUUACUACUACACGACAAGCAACACGCCUACAGUCUAGGCAAAUCAACAGAAUUGGCACUUAACCAGAUAAUAACAAACAUUGAAGAGGCCAUCCAAAAUAAAGAAAUAUGUCUAGGUUCCUUCAUAGAUAUAGAAGGUGCUUUUAACAGAACGAACUUCUCCAGCAUAAAAGGUGCACUCAGUAGACAUUAA